GGCGCAUCGACACGCUUUGUCAACUAUAAAAGCGAGAUGGUGGCCAAUAAUUGAUAUCAGUCCCGAAAUAGCGUCUAGCUUAGCCUGACCUAGUCAAAUCACCGCCAGCCACCGUCCCAGCGAAAAUGUUCAAGUUGAUCGUCAUCUCCGCCCUGGUAGCAGUGGCCGCCGCCCAAAACCCACAGGACGCUCAAGCCCAAGUUCUGGCCCAGGAUACCGUCAUCAAUCCGGAUGGUUCGUACCAGUACCGGUACGAAACCAGCAACGGGAUUGCUGCCCAGGAGAGUGGUAUUGGAGGCCAAUCCGCCCAGGGAAGCUAUUCCUUCACCGGCCAGGAUGGUGUUCAGUACUCGGUGAACUAUGUCGCUGAUGGCAACGGAUUCCAGCCCCAGGGUGCUCAUCUGCCCGUCGAAGGUCCAGCCCCAGCUCAUGUUCUCCGCACUCUCGAGCUGAUUCGCUCCAACCCACCACGGGAUGACCCCAACUUCAGCUUGGACGCUUUGAACGCUGCCAUCGCCCGGCUGAGCGGCAAGAAGUAAGCACAAACACACAAACCGGAAACCCUUAACCAGCACAAAGUGACCCUUCUGGUGGAUUACUUUGUCAAAUAGUAGCACAAUUUGACGCGCAUCUGUUGUAAAUAUGUCUCAAGAUUUCAUCCGUCUCACAUAUCUUUGGACUGUCGCCCCUUACUUCGCACCUAGGUAAACGAAUCAUCGAUAGUCGUGAAAUAAAGCGAAACGAACUGUUUAAUUUAAUAUGAAUAUAA